AUGGGUAAACCGAGAGGAAGAAAGCUUUUGAAAAAGCAUCACACCGAGGGAGAGGAAGCAAGUCAUGUGGAACCUCAACCCUAUGACACUAACGAUACUAUCCCGGAGAAGAUUUCUUCAGGAAGCAAUGGAGAACCUAAUACAUUCUUCGGUGUACUAGAUACUCAAGAACUCGAAUACUUCAAGCAAGCGGAAUCAACCUUGGCAGUUGACACUUUCGAAAACGCAGAAGAAAAAGAACAAUUUAUUAGCAGCGUUAUUGAAGAGACUAAGAAUAAAGAACUCAAGUUGGCCACUUCCCAAAUCUGCUCAAAGCUUAUGGAAAGAAUCAUUUUAGCAGGAAGUAACCAACAAUUAAAGGCUAUUUUUCGGAGCUUCAACGGGUUCUUCUAUGGCUUGGCCUGUCAAAAAUAUUCAUCUCAUGUCCUUGAGACUUUGUUUGUUAGAGGAGCUGCAAUGGUCGAGAAAGAACUUUUGACUCCAUCGUUUGACGAACCAGGGGCAACCGAAGACGGCGACGAUGUUUACUCUCCGAUGGAAGAUUUAUUUCUUUACAUGCUUAAUGAAAUAACGCCGAGCGUUAGAGGCAUGAUUUCUCACAAGUAUGCCUCCCAUGUUUUUCGUCUGCUAAUUCUAAUUCUCUCUUCGAAGACUCUCCCAAGCACAACAAUGAGCAAUUCAGCACUGCGCUCCAAAAGAUCCAAAAUUGCACGUAAAAUGAUUGAUCUCAAGGACAACGAAGAUUUCGACAAAACAUACAAGACUCCGGAUUCCUUCAAAGUCAAGUUGCGUGAAAUAUUAUCUUCGUUGUAUAAAGAGCUAACUGGCGGCGUCGACUUGGGAUCUUCUAACUUCAAAAACAUCAGCGUCACUUCUAUGAUGAAAGUCAGAGAGCUCUGCAUCGACCCAGUGGCGUCACCAGUUUUGCAACUCAUCAUCCAAGUCGAAGGUAUCUUUGACAGAGAUAGGUCGUUCUGGCAUUUGAUCUUCUCUUCAAGUGAAGAAAAGAACGCUAAAGAGGAAGCGUUUGUGGAAUACUUGCUAUCUGACCCCGUUGGCUCUCACUUUUUGGAGAAUGUCAUUUCUUUCACAAGAGCGAAAUAUACUGAACGGCUCUACAAAAUGUAUAUGAGAGAUCGUAUUUUGAAGCUCAGCAAAAGAGAUCUCACCGGUGCAUUUGUGGUUCAAGCACUCCUUAAGCAUUUGCGCCAAAAUGAUGUCAAAUCAAUUUUAAACGACAUAGUGCCUGAGCUAAGCCUAAUUGUUAAUUCCAACAUGGAGUUCUGUAUUAGUAUCUUGGAUGCUAGUAUACAACAUGGUGACUACCUUAAAGAGGAAAUUGUACUACAACUUAUCAAAAAAUUCUAUCCGGAAGGCUUAGAGGAUAGGAAUAUUUUAGAAAGCUGUUUGUCGUUGAACUCUUCGACAUUAGGUAACACGAGAGAUGACUGGCCUACUGCAGAAGAAAGAAGAAGGUCUCUGUUUUUGGAGAAGCUAAUAGAUUACGAUGACAGAUUCCUGAACAUAACAAUCGAAAGUCUGCUCGCCUUGCCAGAGGAAAGGCUACUUCAAAUGUGCUACCACGGUGUGUUUUCUCACGUUGUUGAGCAUGUUUUACAAGUGAAAAGAGUUGACAAAAUCAAACGCAAGCGUUUGUUAAACGUGUUUUGCACGGACAUUGUUAACUUGUCUUGUAAUGCAUACGGCUCACACCUCGUCGAUAAGCUUUGGGACUUCACUGCCCAACUUCCAAUGUACAAGGAGAGGAUUGCAACAAGUAUGGCUGGUGAUUCUGAAAAGGUGAAAAACAGCGUCUACGGAAGGCAGGCCUGGAAAAACUGGUCAAUGGACAAGUUCUUAAGAAAACAAUUCGACUGGAAAAGACUCAUAAGAGAGCAACAGCAAGAAUUGUUCCCAGAUGCUACACCCUUGCAGCCCGGGGGUGACGCUGGGACAAAGCGCAAAGGCGACAAGCCAUCAUACAAUAGACCUGAAAAGAAGUUUAGAAGAUGA